AGCAGCACAAAGAACACAGUCCUUCAUUGGCUCUUUGAUCAUCUGUCAUUAUGGACCCAUCAAGUAAGGAUGUUCCUGCUCCCACACCCUCCGCAGGUGGAAGCAGCCCAAAGGCUAAAUCUUCCAAACUAAACCCUGAUGCUAAAGAGUGGAAUCCUUUGAUUGAAAGGACACCCGAGGAAGAUAGAACUUUGUUCCUGACAUUCUCCAAGGGAUAUCCCCUUUCCGAGGACCAAAUCAUCAGAUUUUUCAACGACAAGUAUGGGCCAUGCGUGGAGAGGGUGUACGUUCACUGGCCAGUUCCGAGAACUGUGAACGCCCCGCCGCCGUUGUUUGGGAAGGUGGUAUUCAAAAUGUCUUCUAUACCCAUCUGGAUUUUGAAUGGACAUGAGCAGACCAAGUUCAAGGUCGAUGGCAAGCCUCUUUGGUGCAAGAAGUUUGAAGCCAAGCAUAAGGAAGUCGUUCCCGAUGGCUCUAACAACUAACUUUAUUUGUUUGCCUGGAAUUUGAUCCCUAAGUAGGACACAGUAAUGUAUUCGUAAACUUCAGUUUCAUUGUAUUUUGUUUUAUAUGAUUGUACGGAUCAAUUAUUUGAGUAAUACUAA